CUUCCUGCCUCAGUCUCCCAAAGUGUUGGGAUUCUCGUGAGCCACUGCACCUGGCCUGGGACAGAAUUGUAGUCCAGAUGUCAUGUGCUGACCAUCACCAGGAGGUUAUGUUUUGCAUCUCUUCUGAGCUCACCAGCUUGGCGUGGGUAUGUCGGAGCAGAACGUAGUCAUGCUUGGCCAAGGGGGUGCUUAGUCCUGCCUCAGUGCCACGCACCACCCCACAUUCUGCCGUUCAGGACCUGGCCAGGCUCACUGAGGUUCUCACAGCUGUUUAAGGCAGGGUUGGCUUCCGCUUGUCUUUGCAUUCUGUGAACUCUCACUUUCUGCUGCUGUUACCUCCUCUAAAUUUUUCACUGAGGCCUGCUGCCUCAACUCCCUCUUAGUGAGUGUCUCUUAGGCUCAGCUCACACCUUCUCCUGCUCACCAAGACCUCACCCUGGGCCUGCCUGGUGUCUGCUGCCCCCGUGCCAAUCCUCCCCACCCCAGCUGCACUCCUGCUUCCACAGCCUCCUCUGGCCUGCACCCUGCAUGUGCCCUGGAGCCGCCCACUGUUCUUUCUCUGAAUCAGUAUCUGUGCCCUACGAUUUAGUUGUAUGCUCCUCAUUCUCUAAUGGCAACCUCUAAAUGGCCGUCUUCUCUCCCCUAGAAGACUGUGGGCUCCUUGCAGGCAGAUGCUGUUGAUAUGAUGGGAACGAGAACAGUUCUUACAGGUGACUGGCACUUCUGAUGUGCCAGGCCCAGGGUUGGAUGAUUUACCUAAUUAUUUCAUUCCAUGAUGACAAUAAACCUGUGUGAUCCCAUUUGACAGAUGAAGAGGGGUUGAGUGGCUUGUCCAAGGUCACCCAGCUGGGCAGCAGUAGAGCAGGGAUUCUCAUCACAUCCCUCUGACUAUAAGCCUGUGCUUUUCACCACUGCGCAACCCUUUGUCCCUGCUUGUUGCUGGACUCACAUUUCCUUGGAUGUUCUUCCCGAUAGCCUCCACUGAGUCUGCUUCUUGAUGGCAGAACAGCCUCCUGCUGCCAUGAGAGCAGAUACUACAUUCUCUCCCCAAGAUGCCCAGGGCCAGCUUCCUUUGUGCUCAGAGAGUGGGGUGGGCUGAGGACACUCAAAGCUUGGUGUGUUCUCCCACCUCUACUUUCUUGCCCCUGUGCACCCAGCACUGUGCCACAGCCUCUCUCCUAGCCCCUUUUCCUGCGGACAUCCAAGCUGCCAGAGGGUUCUCGCCAGACCCACAGGGAUCCCUGAGCUGCAGGUCUGCCAUCUCUCGCUAGAGUUGGUAAGAAAAUGGAACCACAGUUCACCAAAAGGCCCCAAGGAGAGGCUCCGGACUGAAGACAGCGACCCCAGGUUCACACCCCCCAUCUGGACCUUUCCUCUCUACAGCCUCCCUCCCCUUCCCCUAGUCAGAGUCUUUGCUUUGGGGCCCAAGCCCUUGGCUAAGCUCCACCCCUCUCCCAGCAUCCUAAAGUUUGGGGGCUGCAUUCAAGUCAGAGAUUUCCAAGUAGGGGGUGUGUUGGAGGGACUUCUGAGGGCAGCUUGUCCUGGAAGAAUGGGGGAAAGGCGGCAUGUGUUGCUGUCCCUGAGGACAUCUGUGUAGCUCCCUGGGAGACCCUCUGCCCUUUCCCCCUCCCACCAGCCCGGCGAGCAGGGACCAAGCCUGCUUAUUAUCACCUGACGCUGCGCAGCCACUGAUCCCAUUGGUGGAGCCAGAUUCAGUCUGGCUCUCUCGUUCUUUCUCCCUUCUCUGCCUCUCUCUCCUCCACGCUGCUUUGAUUUCGCUCUUGCCUCUCUUCUUGCGCUGCUCAGCUGGGAACAUCGUCUCACCAGGGGCAGCAGCGACGCGCUGCACAGCCAGACAGGAGCUGGCUGCGGGGCAUGGAAGCAGCCUCCUUGGCAGCCGGGAGAGGAGCGAGCGCACACCACUGCCUGUGACCCAGGCGUCCGGCUGCUGUCCCCUGCCUGGGAGCUCAUCCACACAGAGGUCUCUCCCUGUCCUCCCUGCCAGUUUUUCCUCUGCAGAGCCUAGUGGAGCCAGUCCCCACAGGAGGCAACCCUGACAGGAGCAUGGAGCUGCUGUCCACGCCCCACAGCAUUGAGAUCAACAACAUCACCUGCGACUCCUUCCGCAUCUCCUGGGCCAUGGAGGACAGUGACCUGGAGAGGGUCACUCAUUACUUCAUUGACCUUAACAAGAAGGAGAAUAAGAAUUCCAAUAAGUUCAAGCACCGGGACGUCCCCACCAAGCUCGUGGCCAAGGCAGUGCCGCUGCCCAUGACGGUGAGAGGCCACUGGUUCCUGAGCCCCCGCACGGAGUACAGCGUGGCCGUGCAGACGGCAGUGAAGCAGAGCGACGGGGAGUACCUGGUGUCCGGCUGGAGUGAGACGGUGGAGUUCUGCACUGGGGAUUAUGCCAAGGAGCACCUGGCUCAGCUGCAGGAGAAAGCGGAGCAGAUCGCAGGCCGCAUGCUCCGCUUCUCCGUCUUCUACCGCAACCAUCACAAGGAGUACUUCCAGCAUGCCAGGACCCACUGCGGGAAUAUGCUGCAGCCUUACCUGAAGGAUAACAGCGGCAGCCACGGCUCCCCCACCAGCGGUAUGCUCCACGGGGUCUUCUUCAGCUGCAACACGGAGUUCAACACGGGCCAGCCCCCGCAGGACUCCCCCUACGGCCGCUGGCGCUUCCAGAUCCCAGCUCAGCGCCUCUUCAAUCCCAGCACCAACCUCUACUUUGCGGACUUCUACUGCAUGUACACGGCCUACCACUACGCUAUCCUGGUGCUGGCGCCCAAAGGCUCCCUGGGGGACCGCUUCUGCCGCGACCGCCUGCCCCUCCUGGACAUUGCUUGCAACAAGUUCCUGACCUGCAGCGUGGAGGACGGGGAGCUGGUCUUCCGCCAUGCCCAGGACCUCAUCCUGGAGAUCAUCUACACCGAGCCCGUCGACCUGUCCCUGGGCACCCUCGGGGAGAUCAGUGGGCACCAGCUCAUGAGCCUGUCUACUGCCGACGCCAAGAAGGACCCCAGCUGCAAGACCUGCAACAUCAGCGUGGGCCGCUAGGGACUCCUGGGGAGCUGGGGGGCGAGGGAGAGAUGAGCGGAAGGUGGAGGUGGGUAGCCCAGGUUCAGGGAGCUGGUUUUCUCUCUCCUGCCCCCCUGCUCCCUCCACUCUGCCCAGCUGCCCUCCCCUCGCCCCUUGCCAUUGGAGGCAACAGAUGGUGGUCCUCUUGGUAAGUGUGGCCCACCCCCGGCCUGGUGGACGUGGAAAGGCUUCUCAGCCUCUGUAGUUGGCAGCUGGGCUGGACUUCUGGAGAACUUCCCCUUUCCUCUGGUUUUCUUGCCCUACUGUUCUUUGCCUCAUCCAGGUCUCUAUCUCCCAAAGACCUGCCCACCUCCUGGGAUCUCCCAGGGAAGCCCCUCUGGGCCAAAGCCCACGUGUAGCUUGGCUGCCUCCAGAAGAGAUGCAGAGAGCUGUGGGGCGAUCUUUCUUAGUCCCACUCACCCCACUCAGGGCCAACCACAGAAUGCCCCCUCCCUGCUGAGCUGGGUCUCUGGGGCUUCCCACUCCAGGCCCGGAUCCCUUCCUUCUAUAAAUAGUCUCCUGCACCACCGUGACUCCCUGGCUGCUCCUUGCCCCAAAGAACCCUCUUCCUGCAUGGGAGAGCUGUCCCUCCUUCUCCACCUGCCCACCGGGACACUCCCCCUGCUCUCUAGAAAGGAACUCUCUUUCUUCUCUUGGCAAUGGAGGCGUCAGGCUGUCAGAUGUUCCUUCCUUCCAUACCCCAGCAUACCUUCUCCUUGCUUAGAGUGCAGGGGUCUGAGACAGCAGCCACUGGGGUUGAGGAGGGGGAGGAGACCCCUGAGACCCAGAGGUGCCCCUUCCUUAGCUGGGAGUGGGCCACGUCAUGCUCUGCUGGGGCCUGGCAUGGAACGUGAGACCUGUAAGCUGUCCCGCGGGGCCCCAGCACCCCGCCCAGCUGUGCACUUUGCUCACUCGCUCUGCCACGGUGCCAUGGCUGUACUGUGCCCGUGCGUGACCUGGACUGUGGACCCUCUGCUGCUCCACCUCUCCCCUGCCCACUGGCUCUGUCUGCUCUCCUGCCACCCUGCUGGCCGGGAGCCCCUCCCCGGGGAGUUCUUGGUGAAGUCCUUCCCGGGCCUCCUUGUGUUUUUGCCUCAUUCCUACUGUCGCACAGGUCACGAGGGUGGACUCCCUACGAUCAACAAAGCAAACAGAGAGCCUGUGGGAGGGGCUGACAGCAGCAGCCGGCUGUUUGGGGGAUGAUGGAGGUGACAUCAGGCGGAGGAGAGUGCAGCCUCACAGUGACUUUCUCAGAGGUGACAGAGAUGAUGGAUGAGCGGCUGGAUUUCUGUGAAGGACGGAAGCAGCAGCGGGCUGGCAAGGCCAUACCUCGGUGAGGGGCAGGUGGACAAUGGUCACCUCUCUGUAGCCAGGGGCAGUUGUGUGGCCAGCUGUCUCUCUGGGAUGAGUCAGGAGGCCUGGAGGCUUGGGGAGAGGUGUGGAGAAGGAGAGAACAUGGCCCAGGCCCUUUCCUUCCCCCUGUGCUGACAGCAUUGCUGUGGGGGUGGCCCACUGCCCUCCCCUGGCCCUCAUGUCCCCCCGGGGCUGGGGUCCGCCUGCCUGUGCUGUGCUUGCGACGUGCAUCAAUAAACCACCAUGGCCUGAGGGCCCUGCUCGUCUCA